AUGCCGGCAGCCAGAGACAUUCAAAGAGCUCUAGCUCGCAUCAGAGCCGUCAUGCCCGCCCAAAAGCAAUCGGCCAUGGCAAAUCGCAACAUUAAGCUUGGGCUGGAACGCAUCAGUCGCGUUGUCCCAGAGGAGCAAAAAUGGAUUGGUGUCCACGUCGGCGGCACCAACGGCAAAGGAUCAAUAUGUGCGUUGCUCGCCGGCAUGUUCAAACUAUCCGGCAUUAGCCACGGCACGUACAUCUCUCCGGCGCUACCAGAGCGUCACAACGCCAUCACAAUCAACGGCUUGUACAUAAACAAGCGCAUGUACGACAUGGAGCUUCAACAUGUCGAGGAGGCGUACAAACGAGUUUCUUCUGGGUGGACGUUUGCCGCUGGAGAGGACCCGGGUGAUUUGACGCCAUUUGAACUCGAAACCGCCGCGGCAUUUCGUGUCUUCAACAAGAUGAACGUGCAGUAUGGCAUAGUCGAGGUUGGUAUGGGCGGGGCCACGGAUGCCACAAAUGCCAUGAAGGACAAGGCAGUCACCGUCAUAUCCAAGAUUGACCUCGACCACCAAGAGUACCUAGGCAAUACCAUUGAGGAGAUUGCAAAAGUCAAGGCUGGCAUCAUGCGUCCCGGAGUACCAUGUAUUGUGGACCACACCAAUCCCUCCUCUGUCAUGGAUGUUCUCCGAGACCACGCGCGAACUGUGGGAACACAAGUCAGCUUAUCAUCCAAGGCACUGCCUUUCAUAGAAUCCCUCGACAGAGACAGAUUCAAACUACAGGACUAUGAGCAACAGAACCUGCUCUGCGCGACGCUAGCUUUUCGAAACCUGUUUCCUCAUCUUCACAUCGACCCCAACAAAUUAUUAGCACUAAAACCUCAGUUGCCGGGACGAAUGGAGCAAGUCUCCGUAGCGGGACUUACAGAUGGCACACGUCAAAAGUCAGUACUAGUAGACGGAGCUCACAACAUGUUGGGAGUGGAGGCCCUGGCCAAGUAUGUAGAUGGAUCUCUCCGGAAGACCAGUGAGCCAGUGACAUGGGUCAUUGGACUAUCAUCCAGCAAAUCGAAGCCCUUUUCAAAAAUCAUUGAGACCUUGAUUCGUCCAGAGGACAAUCUGGCAAUUGUCGAGUACGCCCAAGGUCCCAAUGAUCCCCCGCCUGCGCCUGCCGAUCUUGGCCGCGGUGUGGCCACACAGAUAAUCCAGGACGAGUCUCGCAUUUACGAUGGUGAGCCCGAUAUUGGCAACGGAGUGCAGUGGGCGUGCAGCAAAGCGGACGACGGACCCGUCGUCGUAACGGGAAGCCUCUACAUGAUCCGGGAGUUCUACAAGAUGGAAGGCGUAGAACCAAGCAGGAAGAUCAAAACGAGGCGGCCAGGUCGGUCGCAACUCUGGCGUUACAUCCAGUUGUCCAAAGAAAGACCACUGACAUCUGAAGAGGCUAGGGAGUUCAAGCAAGCCAGAAGACACUGGUAUCUCUCCCCCAUGAACAGUUCCGUCUUCCGAGAUGUUCGCAAUGGUGGCAAUCCCGUAUCUCCCUCAACGCCAGAAAGCAUUCAAAAGCACCAGCGAGAUGCUGCGCAUCACAAGAGCCAAGCCGACGGGUACCGCAGCGCCAUUCGCAGCGCAAAGAAGGAUAUGGACAGCAACGAAGAUGGCGACGGGGAGCUUUCCAAAGUCUUGGAGAGUCUUGAAAAGCGACGUGAUGAACAUUUGCUUGCAUACAACAGCGCUAUGUUCAAAGUGCGAGGACAUGCCGUUGACUCGGAGAAGAAGUAUAUGAGUUUUGAAGAUAUUUUUAGACAGCCUGACAAGCGGAGGAGCAGAAUCGCAGCACUGUUGCGGAAGAGAACAUGA